AUGUCUAACGCAGGAGAACCUGCGAUGCAGCUGAAAGCGCCAUUUCCCAGAUACUUGCUGAAGAAGAAUGAUGAGCAGCAGUUUAAGCAUUUUCUUGAACUUCUGAGGCAACUGCACAUUAACAUCCCACUUAUAGAAUCCUUAGAACAAAUAUCGAAGUAUGUAAAAUUUCUGAAGGAUAUUCUGAAGAAGAAGAGAAGAGUCAGUGAGACAGAAGUAAUUGCUCUAAUGCAGGAGUGCAAUGCGUUAGUCAGCAACAACUUAUCCAAGAAACAGAAGGAUCCGAGAAGCUUCACAGUCUCGAAAGUACUAAUAGACGUGCAUAAGGGAGAACUGACCAUGCUCGUAGAUAACCAAGAAAUGAAAUUUAAUGUGUUAAAUGCAUUAAAAUUUUCGGAUGAUGAAGAAUGUCAACUUAGCAACUCAAUAGAAUUGCCUGAAGAAGAAGCAGACCAAGUUUGUGAGGUCCUUGCAUUGGGAGAAACCAUGAAGAAACUCGAGCUACUAAGUCUGAGUGAGCGGCAAACUAAGCCAGCGCGUCCAUCGUUGAAGGAACCACUAGAACUAGAACCUUUACCUGACCAUCUUAAAUAUAUGUUACAAAAACACAUGCAGACAAUAGAAUGGACGCUGGCUGACAUCUGUGGCAUCAACCCAUCGUACUACAUGCACAAGAUUAGGCUAGAAGAGGGGAAGACUGGAUCAAUUGAGCCUCAACGCAGCUGGGUGAGCCCAGUUCAAUGCGUCCCUAAAAGGGGAGGCACUAUAGUGAUAGUUAACAGCAACAACGAACUACUCCCUUCAAAGACUGUCACAGGCUGGCGCAUUUGCAUGGAUUAUAGGAAACUCAAUGUGGUGACCAAGAAGGACCACUUCCCUUUCCCCUUCAUUGACCAGAUGCUUAACCGAUUAGCUGGAAAGGAAUUCUAUUGUUUUCUAGAUGGAUACUCUGGUUACAAUCAAAUUCUUAUCGACCCAGAAGAUCAAGAGAAGAUGACAUUCACACGCCCAUUUAGAACAUUUGCGUUUAGACGCAUGCCUUUCGGAUUGUACAACGCACUAGGAACGUUCCAAAGAUGCAUGAUGACAAUUUUUUCAGACUUUCUUGAACAGACCAUUGAAGUUUUCAUGGACGACUUCUCAGUUUUUGGAUACUCCUUUCAAUCUUGCUUAGACAACCUAGAGGUCAUCCUUGCAUGA